AUGAUAUCUGAUAUAAAUUCCACACAUAUUGAAGCUUGCGUUAUCUCAAGCUCAGAAGACUGGGACGACUAUAACUGGAAAUCCUUUAUAGUGCCAAAAUGUAUGACUCUUACGGAACUUAAAUUGUUUCUACUCAGCAAUUUAGGCCUCAUUGGCGAUUUUGAUCUUAAAAUAAUGAUAGAAUUCGAGCCCGGGUCAUAUGGUUUUCGCUUUUUAUCAGACAACGACUAUAUUACAUUAGAUAAAGUAGGGAUUCAAAAUAAUUCAAAAUUAUGCUUAGCUCCUUGACUAAUUUAUACAUUUUUAAAAUAUUUUACUUCCAAAUAUUCAUAUAGAUAUGCUUUAAAAUAUACAGCUAUUUAAAUUUAAUGUAAUUAAUUGGAGAGCUCAUUAUUAUAAUUAUCAAUAGUAAAUCAAAUUUUAAAUUAAAAUGUUUUAUUGAUGUGGGCAGUUAUCCAGAAUUUUUAAAUGGUUUUGCUCAUUAGCCAAGGGGAGUUAGAAAUGAAAAAAGGUCUGAAUUAUACCAAUAUCUGCUUAGACGAGUAUAUUGACGAAGUUGCUAUAGAUAACCCUAUUGAUGUUUUAAGUAGAAGCCAUUCAGAUUCUACUGAAAUUUUAUCCAGCUCAACUGAAACUUAUUCUGAACAAGAUGAAUUCUUUUUUACUAUGCCUGAGCAAAGAGAAUUUAUAGCUACACAGGAAGUAAAGGAAGUAAGUCAAAGCAGAGAGGAUUUGACUGAAUUAAUAGAAAAAAUCAAUAAAGCUUUUAUAGAUAAAAACAAAGUAAAAUUGCAAAUAAAACCUAUCGCGAGCUUGAAGAAAAGCAUAAACCGAAUAAGUGAAGAAUUAAAUGAAUUAAAAAAAAUGAAAUAA